UCCCUCCCCUCGAGCUGUGAGCCUCUCACUGUGUUACGAAGUCUCGCCGGCGUGUGACAUUUUUGGAGAGCCGCGAACCACCGACAACAUGACGGACUCCGCGCAGCCGGCAACGGAACCGGUGGUGAACGGACGGUGCGAGCAGGCGGACCCGAAGCUGGAGCAGCAGCCCCAAGCCAGCACCAACAGCCAGGGAGAGGUUCUGAAGAUGGACCAGGAGAUGAAGAUCACUGACAGCAUCGAGGACGGAGGUCUUCUGGAAAGCAGCAUGCGCCUGAAGCCACAUGAAGCGCAGAGUUACCGCAAGAAGGCCUUGUGGGUGUCCUGGGCCUCCAUCGCCGUCACCAUCAUCCUGGCUAUUGUUGCCUUCACUGUCUCCUUCAUGCGCCACAGUGCUUCUGCCUUCGGGUUUGCGUUUGAUGCGCUACUGGAUGUCUUCUCUUCUGCGAUCGUGCUGUGGCGGUACAGCAACGCUGCAGCUGUCCACUCAGCAAAACGGGAGUACAUAGCCUGUAUGAUCCUGGGCGUCAUCUUCAUCCUGUCAUCCAUGUGCAUCCUGGGUAAGGCCAUCCACGACCUGGCCACCAAGCUGCUCCCUGAAGUGGACGACUUCCUGUUCAGCGUGUCCAUCGUCAGCGGUCUGGUCUGCAUCAUCCUGGCCGUCAUCAAGUUCAUGCUGGGAAAGGUGCUCACCAGCAGAGCGCUCAUCACAGAUGGCUUCAACUCACUGGUGGGCGGGGUCAUGGGCUUCUCCAUCCUCAUCAGUGCCGAGGUGUUCAAGCAUGAGCCCAAGGUGUGGUACCUAGACGGGACUAUAGGGGUCCUCAUUGGCCUGAUAAUCCUGGCCUACGGCGUCAAGCUUCUGAUGGACAUGAUCCCUCGAGUCCGACAGACCCGGAACUAUGAGCGCUUUGAGUGACAGCGGGAUCGGACGGAUGAAGUAGACAGAGUGAGCAGCGUGGAAGAGAGGAGAGAAUGUCUCCACCAAGUCAUUCUCACCAUUCUUCUUCGACAAUAGCAGCCUGAAGAACCCGUGUAUAUAAUGUUGGCAAAGGUACCUGAGCGUGUGGGCGGAGCCUGUGAAGGAAAAGAAAGACAGAACUCGGCGAGUCCCAACUCCUCAGCUGCAGCUCAUGUGGAUGUAAAAUACCUCAGUUAAGCAAAAUCACAACUUCACUGCUGAUUAUUUUCCCAUAAUCCUCAGCGACCUCAGCGGGUCGCAGAGGUCCUUGUAGCAGCAGAGUGUUGUUGUUUUUGUGACGCACCGUUUACAUUACCAGGCUGCUUGUGGUGAGCACUGCGGCGAAAAUAUCGAUUUUGUUUACAGAUGCCGAAAUAAAUCUGUCAGGGAUUAUCGUCAUCCACCGGACUCUUCUCGAUGGUCAAUAUUACCCUUAUGCUGUUGCCUGUGGUACUGUGACUAAUGUAGGGUUUUAAAUGUAUUUUAAUAUAAGCUUUUUAAACAUGUGGCACCUUCUUUUUGAGCAAAUAUGAAGAAAUGGAUAUAUGAGAAGCACAAAAAAGUGUUUACCUGCCCUCUACUCUUGAGAGUAAAGUCACUUUAACUUGACAAGAAAAAUGCCAAAAAAGUGACAGUGGUUUUCAUAAACAGGUGUGAUUGAUGCUGAAGCUGUCGUAAUGACUUUUGACGCCUUAAAUCGAACAGCUGAUUCUCGCCCACCGGGAAUGUUCUCACAGAAACUCAAAUCGUUGACGAAUGUACGACGUUUUCAAGAACACAGCAUCAGCAAUGUUACAUUUGGUUUGAUGUUUUUGGAAAUUGUAUUCUGGCCUGAAAUGUUCCCUUGCUAGCACAGACUGGAGGCAAGUCUAUCAACAUAUUUUAUCACUGUGUGUGUGUGUGUGUGUAUACGUUGUAAAUACUCACUGUCACAUGACAUGAAAAAAUGUAACCCGCAAUCACAGAAAAAAUGUUUAUUUAAAAAUAAAGUUAUAUCCCUCUGAAUCUGAC